AUUUCUCUUAUUUUUUAUCGCCAAUAGCUCCUCCAGUCGACGUGGUGAGCCAUAAAAACACGGAGCUCUUCCGUGUUUCUCUCUCUACAUGUCCAGAGCUAGAGAGAGUUCUUUCUCUGUCUAUUUCUCUCUCUAAAACGUACAAACAAUCCUCUGUUUUCCGUGUUUCUCCUCUACUGUGUAGACCAAAAAAAUAAAGCGGGUGUUUCUCUCUCUACUGUGUAGACCAAAAAAAGAUAGAGCGGGAGAGAGUUCCCAUGGUCUUCUUUCUCACUCUCCCCACUUUCGUAUGUUGCUAUCGAAAGGUUCCGUUUCUCUCCUUUCAUUUCUCGCUCCUCAGCAUAAACCAAAAUGCCUUAUUCACAUAACCAUCUCUCCCUUCUGCUUAUUAAAUGGAAGCAAUAUUUCUUCUUCAAGCUUGAAGCCACGCAGAUUUGCAGUUUUAGGGGCUGGGUUUGCUGGGAUGUCUGUGGCUUGGCAUCUUUUGCAGGGCCUGAUAUUGUUGUUGGGAAGGACCACAUUGGCUUCUCUCUGAGAAGAAAAAUAGAGCAAAGUGCGAGGGAGUUGUCUUUGUGCAUUGAUAUAUAUGAUGAACUGGGGAUAGGAGGUGGUGCAUCUGGUGUUGCUGGAGGGCUUCUGCAUCCUUAUUCCCCUAAAGCCAAGCUUUUAUGGAAGGGGGCGCAGUGUUGGGAAGAGGCCAUGGUGAUGUUGAGCAUUGCAGAAGCCGCUAAGGAUGAAGGUUCCUUUGCUCAGGAUUUGAAGGAUCUUGUUUCACAACACAUUUUUGAUGGACCCAUUGUUUGGAAAAGGGGCAUCAUAAAACCCAUCACAGCGAUGAAGAGCAUUGACAUAAUGAAGAAGAAUAUUCAGGACUGCCUCCCAAGUUGCCCACUUGAACUUUUAGAUAGUUUCGCCAUUCAAAAAAUUCUACCAGGUCUAUCUGCCCCUUCAGGUUUUGCAAUCUAUAUGCCCAAAGCAGUUAAUGUCCAUCCUGAGCGUUAUCUCCAGGCUCUCUUUUUGGCAUGCAAUAAACUAGUGAAGGAUUUAUCUGCUGUGGGAUAUUCGGGAAAACAAGUGAACUUCUACAAGCAGACAGUCCACAGUCUCCAAGAAAUUUCAGGUGAAUACAGUGCAGUUGUAAUCUGUCUGGGUGCGCGAUCUGAAUCGCUGCCCGAGCUCAAGGGAGUCCUGCCUCUAAGAAUGUGCAGAGGUGUCGUUGCCCACCUUGACCUGCCAGGCAAUAUGAGUGGUGGUGAAUAUAAAGACAGUGACCCCUCCAUUUUAGCAGAUGCCUGGCUUGCAGUUCGUGGACCCCGCAGCCUAGCUAUGGGUUCCACGUGGCAAUGGGGUUCGAGAAAUUAUUCUCGAACCCUUUCUUCAGAUGAAGAAUCCUCAGCCAUGCACGAGCUUCUGUCAAAGGCCUCGAUUUUGUACCCAGAUAUUAGGAAUUGGAGUUGUGAGAGUGCGAGUGCUGGGUUGAGAGCCAUGCCACCUUUGACUACUCUUGGGUCACUACCAUUGUUGGGUUCUGUUGAUAAUUUAGUAGGGCAUAAUAGUGGUGGAGGGGGAAGAUACUGGUUUAUGGGUGGGCUUGGGGCAAGAGGACUUCUCUAUCAUGGAUGGUUGGGCAAGUUAAUGGCUCAAGCUGUUUUAUCUUGCAGUGCGGCUGAAAUACCAUUUGAGCUGACUACAUGGAAGAAUAGAAUGUGAUGGGUUUGUUGUAACAGUAGUGGUCUGUUUUGUUUUUGGUGACAUUGUAGAGGAUUUUCAGGCUUUUUGGUUUUGUUGAAUUUUUUGGAAAAACCUCGAAAUUUUUAUGAGAUGUAUGAAAUUGAUUAAAAUU